AUGUUGUCGCAUGCUCGUGCUAAUCAGGAAAUCCUAUUGAACUUCCUGUCAAUACACACACACACACACACACACACACACGCACACAAACCCAGAACAACGGCCUGGUUUACAGGAACAAUUUAUCGAGAGGACUUAUUCAAAUGUAAAGGGUUAUUCCAUGGAUGUCAGCGAGGAGGACUCGGCACCUCUGAUGAUCAGAGACCGGGGAGGAAGCCAGGGCUCCAGUUCAAGCACUGGACCCAGUUUGCAAGUGCACCUCUACUUAUUCCCCACCACAAAGGACCGAACGACAAUUCACAUUACAUGUGGCCAAAUCUCUGCCGAAAAUGUCUGCAUCCAGGCAGGAAAAAAAUGUGGAAUCCUACCAGUGUACCUCAGUCUUUUUGGGUUGGCAUCUUCUGAUCUCUCCUUCUGGUAUCCGCCAUCGCAUGUGUUCAACACAGAUGAAAAACUGCAAGUCCACUUCAGAGUCAGAUUUUUAUUUAGAAACUGGUUCGGACUUGGUUCAAGAACAUCGUACCGCUACAGUCUGACCAGAGACAGACUCAGUCCAGUGCUCGACUGCAGUGUCAUUGACUAUCUCUUUGCUCAGUUGCGAAGUGACUUCAUUGCGAGUGAGGCGGGGGUUUCUCCACCUUUGAGCACUCAGGAGGAAUGCCUCGGUCUUGCAGUAUUGGACCUGUGGAGAAUGGCCACAGAGCGCCACCAGAGCGUAAGGGAGCUCUGCAAGACUGUCAGCUACAAAUCAUGCCUGCCAAAGUCACAUCGCCACGACAUCCAGAAGAGAAAUCGCCUGGAUCGCUAUCGAAUCCGAAACACCCUCAAGCGUUUCUUAAAGAAGCUCGGAAACUGCUCGGUGGACGAGUGCAGCUUGAAACUCAAGUACCUGGUUGAGCUGGCUGGCAUCGAGCCCUCGCUGGGGAGUGAAACCUUCAAAGUGGAUCCUUCGGCCUCCCAUUCAAUUCAUUCCACCUUCAGUCUCAUGCGCGUGACUGGGGAAUCUGGAAUUCAAACAGGCAGAAGUUGUCCUGAUAGUUCCCCGGAGUGGCAGACCUUCUGUGAUUUCCAAGAAAUCAUUGACAUCAGUAUAAAGCGGGUGUGUCAUGAGCAGAUUCCUCAUGACAGCAGGAUGGUGACGAUAACCCGCAAAGAUGACAAAUACUUGGAAGCAAAGUUCCAGGGUCUAAAAGAAGCACUCUCGUUUGUGUCACUUGUUGAUGGCUACUUCAGACUGACCACAGACUCUAGCCAUUACUUUUGCCAAGACAUUGCUCCUCCGAGUAUUCUGGAGGCCAUAAAAAACCAUUGCCACGGCCCAAUCACAUCUGAAUUUGCAGUCAACAAAUUGAAAAAAUCAGGAUUCAAAGGUGGCACAUUCCUGGUCCGGCAGAGUCCGAAGAACUAUGCCAGCUUCUUCCUCACAGUGUGCGUUCAGACCCCACUCGGACUUGACUACAAAGACUGCCUCAUUGUUAAGAAUGAGCACUACAGUCUUCCAGGUGUCCAGAAAUCAUUUUCCAGCUUGAGAGAGCUCACCAACUAUUACCACCACACCAAGCUGCUGCUGGCUGAAGUACCUGUCAAGUUGGCCCGCUGCUGUCCACCCCGACCCAAAGAGCUCACAAAUCUCAUCAUCAUACGCAGCAGCAACUCUGUAGAAACUCAAGGGUCCCCGUCACCGGAAAGGAGCAAAUUCAGUCAUAUCCAGUUCCACAUCAUCAAAUAUGAAGACCUGAAAUGGGAGGUAAGCCUCGGACAGGGGUCCUUCACACGGAUUUUCAAAGGCUACAAAACAGACAUUCACGAGGGCGAGAAGCACGUGACGGAAGUCCUGCUGAAAGAGCUUGACGUGGCUCACAAGAACUGCUGGGAGUCGUUGUUCGAAGCCGCCAGCUUGAUGAGUCAGAUUUCACACAAACACCUCGUCCUUGUGUAUGGUAUCAGUGUCCAUGGAGUACAAAACAUCAUGGUGCAGGAGUUCGUCAAGCACGGCGCCCUUGACCUCUACUUGAAGAGAGGGGGAUCUGUGUCAGUGAGCUGGAAACUUGAUGUAGCCAAACAGCUCGCAUCUGUCCUCAACUUUCUGGAACAGAAAAACAUAGUUCAUGGAAACAUCUGUGCCAAAAACCUGCUGCUGGCCAGAGAAGGUGACCCGUCGCAGGGCACCUCUCCUUUCAUCAAGCUGAGCGACCCGGGCGUCGGUGUGGCCAUGUUGGGCGAAGACGUCAUCCUGGACAGGAUCCCCUGGGUGGCCCCUGAGGUGCUGAAGGCCCCAGACAACCUGACCCUGGAGUGUGAUAAGUGGAGCUUUGGUGCCACUGUGUGGGAAAUCUUCAACGACGGAAACGCUCCUCUGCGAGGCUGGGACCUGGAACUGAAGCGGCAGUUUUAUGAGGGUUUCCAGCAGCUGCCUCCCUCCCAGUGGACGGAGCUGGCUGAUCUGAUCAGUCAGUGUAUGGCCUACCAGGCGGCCUUCAGGCCCUCUUGUCGCAGUAUUAUCCGUCAACUCAACAGUCUGAUCACUUCAGACUAUGUAAUCCUGCACGCCACUGAGCCCGUCACACAAGGCCCCGUUUGGAAAGCCCUCAGCCCUCAACAGGAUCAGACAAUGUUUGAGGAAAGACACCUACGCUAUAUCUCCCCUCUGGGAAAAGGGAACUUUGGCAGUGUUGAACUUUGUCGCUAUGACCCGCUGGGUGACAACACCGGCGAGUUGGUCGCUGUGAAGAAGCUGCAGCCCAACAAUCAGUCGACCCAGGAGGACUUCCAGAAGGAGGUCAACACCCUCAGCGCUCUGCACUGCGACUACAUCGUCAAAUUCAAAGGAGUCUGCUACAGCAUGGGUCGCCUCAGCAUGAGCUUGGUGAUGGAGUACCUGCCGUAUGGCAGCCUCAUCGGCUACCUGGAGAAUAACCGACACAACGUCAACACCAGGCGGAUGCUGCUCUUCGCGUCUCAGAUCUGUAAGGGGAUGGAGUACCUGCAGACCCUGCGUUAUGUGCACAGAGACCUGGCGGCCAGAAAUGUCCUCGUGGCCAGUGAGGUGCUGGUGAAAAUCGCAGAUUUCGGGCUGACCAAGAUUAUUCCAUUUGACAAGGACUACUACUGGGUCACACAGCCUGGCGAGAGCCCCAUCUUCUGGUACGCCCCAGAGUGCAUCAACGAGUCCAGAUUCUCCAGCAAAUCAGAUGUCUGGAGUUUUGGAGUUGUUCUUCACGAGCUCUUCUCCUACUGUAACAUGAAAUGCAACCCUAAAAGACUGUACAUGCAGGAGAUCGGACACACUGUGCAGGGUCCAUCCAUUUCAAUGCAUCUGGCAAAUAUUCUGAAGAGUAACUGGAGGUUGCCGGCUCCUCCGGACUGCCCACCCCAGGUGUACGGCUUGAUGAAGCAGUGCUGGACAUACAACUACAACGAGCGGCCGUGUUUCUACAGCCUGGGAAACCAAAUUGAAACGAUCCUGCAGGAUGACAGAGAGAAGCCCAGAGGCCCGAUAGAAAUUCAGUUUUAAUCUGGGUAUUAGAAGAACGGUUAAUAUCUUAUUGCUCAUGUUGUUAAACACUGUUGUAAAAUCAUUGAAAUGUAUCAAAAUUUAUUAUUGAUAGAAUGAAACUAUGUUAAAUUGUGUGAAGGGGAAAAAUAAAAUGCCGUUCACUGAUUUUAA